CAACAGUGGUGUUUCGCAAGUUAGGUGAAGUGUUGAGUGUUGAAGAGCUUUUUAAUGUUUUAAUAAUUUAUUAAAAAUAAAUAAUUUAAAUCACGUUCUGACUAAAAAAAGCCAAAUCUAAUUAAUCUUUAUAAUUUUACUUACAAUAUGCUGUAAUAAAUAAAGACAUAGACAACAUGUCUGCAUAUGAGAAGUUGAAACUUCUAAUUUGGAAGAAUUUUCUUCUUCAAAGAAGGCACAAAUGGCAGACCUUAUUUGAAAUAGCAUCACCUGUGAUAUUUUCUCUAUUUCUUAUACUGGUUAGGUGUCUUGUGGACCCUCAAUCCAAACCAGAAGUUACUUACCCACCAUUUUUCCCAACAUAUUUCAAUAUUAGUGGGCAAAGCUUAGGUAACCUCACUACAGCUAAAAGAGAAGGAACUUUAGCAUUUUCACCAGAAAACCCCCUCACAAGAAAGGUAACUGAAGAUGCAAUGGCUACAGUAGCACUGGACAAUCUAAAUGGCUUACUUGCUUUGCUCUUUGACACAAAAAUGUUGCCCCAACCAAAAGGUUAUAAAAAUGCAGCAGAAAUGGAAUCGGCACUUACUCAACCAAAUGUUAUGAAUUAUAUACUUGUUGGGAUCCAAUAUGAGGACAGCAUGGCCAAUGCAACCAAGUGGCCGAAUGACGUGAAGGUAACUCUCAGAUUCCCCGCUGUGAUGAGGACUCCCAUGGUGGAACACCCGUUGAGAGCGAGCUGGAGGACCAAUUUACUUUUCCCUUUAUUCCCUCGCCCCGGUCCCCGGGAAGCUGAAGACUUGUACGGUGGAAAAACACCAGGUUACUCUCCUGAAAUGUUUCUCGCUGUUCAGCACGCUAUAUCCAAGGAGAUUAUUAAGCAGAAAUCUGGAAAGCCUCUGAAUACCAAAGUCUACCUGCAGCGCCUACCGCAAAACGCUUACAGGGAUGACGACUUGUUGAUUGCCCUCGAAAGAUUUAUCUCCAUGAUAAUAAUGCUCUGUUUUGCAUAUACAUUCGUCAAUACUGUCAGAGUAGUCACGGCUGAAAAGGAGUUACAAUUAAAGGAAACCAUGACCAUUAUGGGUUUACCUUCGUGGCUGCAUUGGAUGGCGUGGUUUAUCAAGCAGUUUUCAUUCCUCUUCAUAUCUAUCAUUUUAAUGGUCGCAUUGUUCAAGAUUCCAUUUAACUCGACAGCGGCAGGCGAUAGGUACUCGGUGCUCACAUUCACUCCGUGUUCGGUGCUUCUAUUCUUUAUGGUGCUAUUUGUGAUCGCCUCGCUAGCAUUCUGCUUCAUGGUUAGCGUAUUUUUUACCAGAGCGAACACUGCGGCGUCUUUCAUGGGGCUUGCUUGGUUCUCGACAUACUCUGUGUUCAUGCUGACGCAAGUACUAUACGAAGACAUCAGUUUGACGACCAAACUAUUGCUGAGCCUUAUAUCUAACACAGCUAUGGGGUACGCGUUCCAGAUGAUAAUUAUGUGUGAAGGAACAUCUAAAGGUCUACAAUGGCAUGAUUUUUUUUCACCUGUGUCGUAUCAUGAUCAGUACCAGCCAGGGCACGUAGCCCUGAUGUUGGUACUUGAUGCGAUCCUGUAUAUGCUCAUAGCUAUGUAUAUAGAAAAGAUAAGGCCUGGGCUGUAUGGAGUACCCUUGCCCUGGUAUUUCCCAUUCACCAAGAGUUUUUGGCGACCCAACAAAAAAAGGACAGCUGCGAUAACUAAAAAGGAUGGCGCUGAUUUAGAGUACAACGAUGUUUUGUUGAAGGUGAUACAUGACGAAGAACCAAAAGGUGUACCAAUGGGCGUUAAUAUCCAGAAUCUCACAAAAAUAUAUAAAGGCCGGAAAAAGGCUGUUGAUAAUUUAAAUCUUAGAAUGUACGAAAAUGAAAUAACGGUGUUAUUAGGACACAAUGGUGCUGGAAAGACCACAACUAUAUCUAUGUUAACAGGUAUGGUCCCACCGACAUCUGGUUCGGCCAUGAUAAAUGGUUACAACAUCGUGAAUGAGACGGAGCUUGCACGCAAAUCCCUCGGGAUAUGUCCGCAACAUAACGUCUUAUUCCCGGAUCUCACUGUCGCCGAACACAUUAUAUUCUACUCGAGACUAAAAGGAGUUCCCAGCAAAAAACUCAAAGCAGAAGUAGACCACUUUGUUAAACUUCUCGAGCUCGAAGAAAAGAGGAACGUGGUGUCAAGUAACUUGUCCGGCGGUCAAAAAAGGCGAUUGUCAGUGGGAGCCGCCAUGUGCGGUUCUUCGCGCGUCGUUCUAUUGGACGAGCCAACAUCAGGGCUCGACCCGGCGGCCAGGAGAGCUCUGUGGGAUCUCUUGCAGAAGGAGAAGAAAGGGCGGACAAUGAUCCUGACCACUCACUUUAUGGACGAAGCUGAUGUUUUGGGCGAUCGUAUCGCUAUCAUGUCUGGCGGUCGCCUUCAAUGUGUGGGAACGCCGUAUUUUCUGAAGAAACACUACGGAAUCGGCUACAAGAUCACAAUAGUGAAAGGAGACAACUGCAACGUGGAGGCGGUCACGCAGUUCUUCAAAGGUUAUGUGCCGGACGUGAAGGAAAACACUAAUAUAGGUUCUGAAUUAACAUACAUUUUGCCGAAUGAGCAUGUGAGCAAAUUUCCAGACAUGCUCAAAGAAUUUGAAGAAAGAAAAGAAUCAUUACAUGUGUCAAGUUACGGCUUAUCUGUUACCAGUCUUGAGGAAGUAUUUAUGAAAGCUGGUGCAGAAGACAACGAAAUAACAUCAGCUAAAAAGAAUAACUACAUAGGUUUGCAUAAUGACAUUGCAAUAGUUCCAAUGGAAAGGAACAAUCAUCUGAAUAAUUUUGUUGAAGCUGAACCCCUACAGAAAGUAAGAGGAUUUAAAUUAUUAAAAAAUCACAUAAAAGCUAUGUUUUUAAAAUUGGCAUACAAUACAACCAGGAAUAAAUUGUCAGCGUUCAUACAAUUCGUGACACCCAUAAUAAAUAUAACAAUAUCGGUGGUCAUAGCGAGAUCAUGGAAAUUUAUUUCUCAAUUGCCGCCUUUGACUUUAAGCUUAGAAAGUGGCUUUAAAGAUACGCAGACAUUAAUAUCUCAAGGAGCAAAUUUGAGUGAUAGUACCAUAGAAGCCCAAGCAAUGAGAGCAUUUAAAGACUACUUUAAGACGUCUACAUACCCAGGCAUGAAUUUAGUCGAUAUCGGCACUAUGGAUUUAGGAAAAUUUUAUAUGAAACUUAGUCGAGACAAUCUAGCGCGUGUACAAUAUGAGAAUUUGAUAGGGGCGACAUUCGCACCCAACCAAAUUACUGGCUGGUUCAGUAACUAUGGUUACCACGACGCUGCCAUCUCACUCGCACAUGUUAACGACGCCAUAAUGCGUGCCGUCUCGCCCGGAAGUACGCUUACCAUCAUCAAUCAUCCACUUCCAUACGCUAUAGAAAAUUUGGUUCGAGUUAUGGCUACAGGAAGUAGCAUGGGCUUUCAAUUUGCAUUCAACAUCGGGUUUUGUAUGGCGUUUGUAACAUCAUUUCUAGUUUUGUUUGUAAUUAAGGAGCGUAUAAGCGGCGCGAAGCUUCUGCAGCGAGUAUCGGGGGUUCGGCCAGCUGUAAUGUGGGGCACCGCCUUCAUUUGGGACUGGAUAUGGUUGUUCCUGGUUUACCUGUGUAUCGUUCUUACACUCGCCUGCUUCCAGGAAAACACACUUUCCACACCCGAGGAAUUAGGAAGAGUGCUUUUAGUAUUGAUGGUAUUUUCAUUGGCGACCAUACCAUUACACUAUUUAGCUUCGUUCUACUUCGAAGCGGCCGCCACGGGCUUCUCGAAAAUGUGUUUCCUUAAUAUAUUCUGUGGAUGCAUGCCAUUUUUAAUAACUGAAGUCCUAAGAUUGCCGGAAGUGGGUAGUCCGUACUAUGCCCACCUGUUCGACUGGAUAUUUUCGCCACUGCCAAUAUAUUGUAUCAGCAGAAGCUUUAGGGACAUGAGCGUGUCGUCUUUUUCCAUGAUGGCAUGCGAUGGCUUAUGCGAACAGUUCGUAAACAUCGCGAACUGCACGCGCCACACCAUUUGCACCCAGCUCCACAUCUCUGUCUGUUGUAUUGAAGAUGACCCUUUUCUAAAAUGGGACGAACCAGGCAUUGGGCGUUACUUGUUCAUGAUGAGCGUCGUGGGCGUUACUGGACUGGUCAUUUUGCUCAUCAAAGAAUACGAACUCAUAAAUAAGGUCUUCUACUCGUCAAGUCCCAAACCGCCACCUCCAGUGCCCGCGGAAGAAGACGACGACGUGGCGGCGGAGAGACUCGCCGUCCAUGAGCUGCCUCGACAGGAGCUGGCGGGCCACAGCCUCGUAUGCCGCGACCUCACCAAGUACUACCGCAAGUUGCUGGCCGUCAACAGGCUCACCUUCGGGGUCCGCAAAGGUGAAUGUUUCGGAUUACUGGGCGUGAACGGGGCCGGUAAAACCAGCACAUUCCGCAUGCUGACCGGCGACUCGCAUAUAUCUUCCGGCGACGCUUAUGUUCAUGGCCUGUCCAUCAAAACUAACAUACAGGACGUGCACCGACACAUAGGAUAUUGCCCGCAGUUUGAUGCGCUCUUUGACAAUCUGACAGCGCGUGAAACUCUGCAGAUAUUCUGUCUAUUACGGGGUAUACCGCCAAAGACGGGCGCAAAAAUGGCUAUGGAUCUCGCUAGUGCACUUGGGUUUCUAAGACACUAUGACAAAAAAGUCCAUGAAUGUAGUGGUGGUACUAAAAGGAAAAUCAGUACUGCCGUAGCAUUGCUCGGUGAUUCUCCUCUAGUAUUUCUUGAUGAACCGACUACAGGUAUGGACCCAGCUUCGAAACGUCUAGUAUGGUCGUCAAUUAGCAACAGUGUGACGUCAGGCCGUAGUAUAGUACUGACAUCGCAUAGUAUGGAAGAAUGUGAGGCAUUGUGCUCUAGAUUAACGGUAAUGGUGAACGGCACACUAUAUUGCCUGGGACCACUGCAGCAUUUAAAAAGCAAAUUCUCACAAGGCUAUACUUUGAUAGUAAAAUGCAAAACGGGUAUGGACAGAGAUACUUAUGUGUCUGCGAUUAAUCAAUACAUAUUUGAAAAAUUUCUGGACGCGAAACUUAUUGAAACAUACCUUGGCAUCAGCACUUACUACCUGAACGACUCGGGCGUGCCAUGGUGGCGCGUUUUCCAUAUAAUGGAAGAAGCUCGCCGCCAAUUCCCCAUAGAAGACUACUCCGUCUCUCAGACUACGCUCGAACAAGUCUUCUUAAGAUUCACCAGGCUGCAGACUAGCGAGUAAUUUCUUUUUAUAUUGUAGCUUUUACGGCCACACAAAGAUGUCAACUAACUUUUAGUUUUGACCAACAUGCUAUCACAUUCUUUACGAUAUCCAACGAAUCAGAAAUGAUAUAGAAAGAUAGAUAAUCAUAUUAUUAUAAUUAAAAAAGAACCACAAACAUAGUAAGAAAAGUGCGAAGUUUCGAUCGAAAUUACGUUUUUCGUUGAAUUAGAGUAGGUCUCCAGAUCUGCGCUACGCGCCAGAACGCGUUGCCGGUAGUGGAAGAAUCGGCUUAAAAAUGCGCGCGGGACUGCGGCGCUAUGCCCCUAUAGGCAGAAUCUGCACGCGCCGACGCUUGGUCAGUGUCGCUACGAACAAACGAACUGAGAUACUUCUAAAUAACUUUAAAAUCUUUGCUCACGCGCUACGCGACGUAACGUACGGCGUACGUGCAGUGGGAGAAACGCCGUAGGUUUCUACUAAAAUAUUAACUCUUUAUUUUACAGACAACCAACAGAAAGAACUCCAAUAAAAUAACACAAAUUGACGAUACAAUUAUGUAUGUGAUCGAAAAUUGGGAGCCAUUGUAAUGAGUAGAAUAUGAAACUUCAAUAUACCUGUAUACCUCAAGUAUGUCACAAGUAUUUACUUUGCACAUUUUUCUGUAAUUAUCUAAAAAGUUUACUGUUUCAUUUUUUAAGUUUGAGAAACGAUUCCUUCUCUUCUUUUACCUCUAUUAUUUAAUUACAAUAUCAAAUAGAAACCAUAGUAGUCGAUACAUUUUCCUUACAACUGGUUUUAUUGCGGGAUCAAUGUCAAAUAGCAUCCGUUGACGUUGUUAUACCUGAAUGAAGUAUAGCAAAAGAAGACUUAAUCAAAAGGAUACUCUCAAAGAAGAAGAAAAUUUAUAUGUAAAUAAUUAAAUUAGUCGAUAAAAACCGCAGAUUGUGAGUGUUUAAUUUUUGGUGUGUUUGGUGUUUUUUAAAUGUAGGUAGCUAUUUAUUUUAUCUGUGAUGAAAAAACUUGCCUGUAUACAAAGUAGACUUCUCUAAAAGUUGAUUUCUUAUUUGGUCUAAUAGUUUUUAAAUGACUUGCUUUAUAAUCUAAUAAAUGCCAAAUGCUUAUUUCCGUCAAAAUAACUAAGAUUACGCAAAUAUAUAAAAACAAACAUAUUCCAGUAAAAUCUCGAUCUAAAUACUUACAUGUAAUAUUACUGCCUGCACAGUUCUGCGUUUAUUGUGAUCUAUGGCAAGAAAUCUUUGCAAAUCUUUUUGAAUUUCAACUUUUUCAGAAGAAUCUACUAUAAGUAAUUAUUAACUUUUUCUAUAUAAUUUAUAUACUCAACAUAAUAUAAAGUAUUAUUAUUGACGUUUAGAUAUUUGUAUAAUAAGGACUUGCUAUGAUUGUACUGUUACUGUUUUCGCAUUUGAUACGAUACCAUUUGUAUAAGAUUCACUGUUAAUGUUGUUUUGUGAUUUUUCAAAUUUCCUUAUCUCAGUCGAUAGAUUAACCAUUCAACCAAAUAUUUUCCAGUCUCAUCCCAUAUAUCACUAAAAAAACAAGACAAUGGUGUCGAUUCUGGCGUGAUUCUCUUAACUUAAAACUAAAUUUAAUAUCAGUCUUUCCCUUUCAUUCUGUGUAGAAAAUGACAAAGAUACACUGUUGUCAAAUUUAAGUUUAGGUUUAGAGAAUUGUGCCAGAAUUGACACCAAUAUCGACAGGGGAAAAGGAAAAUCGCAUAAACGCCACUUUUUUUGUAAAAAUUCAACUGCUGAUAUGGCUUUUAUAUUCGUGUGUACUUUCAGAAAACCGGUUUCGAAUAUAAAAUUAUAGUAUAUAUUUAUAUGUAAACAACUACACGCUGUUUAAUGUUUUUUUCAGGACUUAUAAGACAAAAGCUGUUUUUUUUUCUAUUAAGAUUUGUUACGUCUGCACUCAGAGACGACGUUUUAAUUCAAAUUAAAAACUU